AAACAUAACUGCACCAACUCAGGCUUUACGACAGUCGGUUACAGUUUGCGGUUGAGAGACGCCGUAAAGUGUAACGGUCGAAACACAUGGGAAGGUCUGUUUUUGUGGACACUCGUUAUGAUGGAAGCCAGACAAAAGAAAAAAGCGUUUUCUCCGAAAACUGGGAAGACACAAGGACAGAAACGCAAACAAGCGAAAGCUUCAGCCUCCACAAGAGAAGUAGGAGAGCAGGAGGCCAAACCAGGGGGGAAACGACCUUUCAAGGCCCAAACUAAAGAAAAGGGGAAGAAAUUUGAGAAAACUAGUGGGAAAGGUGGAGCCCAGAAAUUCUUGAGGAAAAAGCAAACUGAUGGGAAGCUUCCACAGAAGAGGAAAUUACCCCCAGGGAAGAGAAAGCAGGAGGAAGGAUCUGAAGCAAAGAAGCCAAAGUGGGAUGAGUUCAAGCAAAAGAAGAAGGAGCUGAAACAGAAUCGGCAGCAGAAUGAACGAAAGGACAGCUAUCAAGUUAUAAUACGGGCAAAACAGAUCUGGGAGAUGGUGCGGAGGAAAGACUGCAAUAAGGAGAAGCGGUCCAAGCUCAUGAGUGAACUGCAGCAGCUCGUACAUGGGAAGAUUAAAGCUAUCGCCUUCGCGCAUGAUUCCACCCGAGUCCUGCAGUGCUGCAUUCAGUUCGGAAGUGACCAGCAGAGGCAGGAGGUGUUUGAGGAGCUGAAAGAUCACAUGGUCGAGCUCAGCAAGUCAAAAUAUGCAAGAAAUAUUGUGAAGAAGUUUUUAAUGUAUGGGAGCAAGCAGCAGGUUGCAGAAGUGAUGCGAGCUUUCAAGGGCCAGGUGAGGCAGCUGCUGCGGCACGCGGAGGCGUCGUCUGUGGUGGAAUUCGCCUACAACGACAAGGCCAUCCUGUCCCAGAGGCUCAUGCUGAGCGAGGAGCUCUACGGCAACACCUUCCAAAUCUGCAAGUCCACAGUGUGCCCCACACUUGAGAAGGUUCUGGAGGCCAGCCCGGAGAAGCUGGGCAGCAUCAUGGAUGAGAUGAAGCAGAUUUUGACGCCUAUGGCCCAGAAAGAAGCUGUCAUUAAACAUUCACUGGUCCACAAGGUGUUCCUGGAUUUCUUCCUCCAUGCCCCAGCCAAACUACGAUCUGAGAUGAUCGAGUCGAUACGGGAAGCGGUGGUGUACUUGGCGCACACGCACGACGGAGCCAGGGUGGCCAUGCAUUGCCUGUGGCACGGGACCCCGAAGGAUAGAAAAGUCAUUGUGAAGACUAUGAAGACAUACAUUGACAAGUUUGCAAUGGGAGAGUACGCUCAUCUAGUGCUUCUGGCCGCCUUUGACUGCAUCGACGACACCAAGCUGGUGAAGCAGACCAUCUUGGCGGAGAUCAUCGCCUCGCUCUCGGACAUCAUAAGCAACAAGUACGGGAAGAAGGUGCUGCUGUACCUGCUGAGCCCUCGGGACCCCGCACACUUACUCCCAGAGAUCAUCCAGGUGCUGGAGAAAGGAGACGGGAAUGUACACAGCAAAAAGGACACAGCCGUCCGGCGUAGGGAGCUCCUGGAGGCGGUGUCCCCCCCCCUCCUGCAGUACCUGUGUGAGCACGCACGCUCCAUGGUGAUGGAUAAGGCCUGUUGCGUUGCCGUGAGCGACAUCCUGGGAGGCGCUGUUGGGGACCUGCGGCCGGCAAUGGAGGCUGUGGCCGAACUCGCCGAAGAGGACCUCGUCCCAGGGGGGGUGGAGGGACAGCUCCAUGUGGUGGAGCAUCCUGCAGGCCACCUUGUGCUGAAGUGGCUGAUUGAGCAGGAUGCCAAGUUGGAAGAGGCUGGCAGAGAAGAGCGCUUCUCCGAUGUCCUGCUGGAGCAGGUGGGCCUGGACAAGCUGAAAACCUGGGUCUCCGUCAAUAGAGGCACCAUUGUCCUCUGCUGCCUCCUCCAGAGCACCCAGAAGAGCGUGGCAAAGGCAGUAAAGGAUGCCUUGAAGCCCAUGGUCCCAGAGCUGCGGAAGAUGAACCCUACCUCAAAGGGGGUGGAAGUCCUGCUGGAAAAGAUGUCCCAGUAAAAUGGACCCUGCUUUUCCUUUCCCCGAGUCUGUCCAGCACAGUCACUCGUUCGCCGAAGCCUCCUGUCGGAUUCACAGGCUGCUACAUCAUGGACAUUUUGUUAUUUUGUCCCGCUGCUUACGGAUGGACCAUGAGUGCUGCACUGGUGCCUCUGUGCGGCCCAAACCCCAGUCGCCUCUUGGGCAGACAUUUCCAUGACAGGACUGUAGCAGGCCCUCAAGCAGUGGUGCUAAAAUACACCAGCCAUGAAAACACAAUUGGCCUUUGUGGUUUUCCUUAUGAAGCUUGGGGACAGUACCUUAAAAAAAUUUAAAAUAAUGUUUGGGAUCAAUGACUAAAUUAGAGCAGCAGCCUCAGUAGUUCUGUGUCAGCUAGAGGAAUUGGCCUCAAAGCAGGUUUUUUUCCCUUAUAAAUAACCCAUGUGUAACAUAAAAACACGUAACAGUUUUGUUAAUUUAAAAAGCCAGGAAUUGAAUUUUAAUAAUAAACUGCCUACCACACAAAGCUGUAUAUAU